AUGAAAUCCUUCCUUCUUCUAUCAACGUUUACAUUAGCCACUUUGUCAGCUGCCAGUGGCUCAUCAGACGCCUCCUACCAGAACGUAUACGGCCAAACGCUUCAGUCCUGCAGCUCUGAUGGAAUGGCCUUGACUGGAUACACACGGAAUGGAUACUGCGUGGAUCAGAAUGACGAUUCUGGAUCCCAUCAUAUUUGCAUCGACAUGACCAGUACAACGGGUGGAGACUUUUGUGGAGUGACUGGACAGUCCGACUGGUGUAGUUCGGAGAUGCCCUGUCACGAUGACCAAAGUGAAAACUGCCAAGUUCAGCAUUGGUGCGUCUGCCAGUGGGCCUUUGCAAGUUAUAUCGCAAAUGCAGGAGGGUGCGAUUCGAUUCAAGACGUGGUUUGUGAUGCAAUCAAUAUCCAGGCAUUGAUCGCAUACCAGCAACAGGCAGGAGGGAGUGAAAAAUAUCAGAAUGCCUUAAACUGCGUCCUGCAAAAGUGUGGCAUCGAGCAAGAUGACAGCAGUUACUUCAGUGGCCUUUCUAUGGCAAACAGGAAUGGAAACAAAUUGCAAGUGACGGGUAGACCAAUGAACUUUUUGGUGGUAGCGUUUGCUCUGGCAGUUCUUGGAGUUGUUGGUGCUUUCGUAGUCCAUCAGAGACGAAGUUCUAGGCAUGUGGACAGCAACAAAGAAGGUCUGAUCACUGACCACCCGACUAGUUACAAAGCAUGCUGA